AUGACUAAAAAAGAUAAAUCAAAAUCGAAGACAACAUCAGUGGCAGAGAAAGAAAAGAAACCAGUAGAGAAAGUAAAUGAACAUGAAGAUGAUGAAGAAUAUGAUUAUAUAAAAAUCCCGCCUGAUGGUGGCUACGGUUGGGUCGUUCUUAUUGCCUGCUUUUUAAUCAAUAUGAUUAUUGAUGGGUUCCUGUAUGCUUUUGGAGCAAUUUCUGAUGACCUUAAAAAACAUCACAAAUGUAAAGAAUGGGCUGUUUCUCUUGUCAUUUCGAUUGCCUGUAGUUGCUACUUACUCAGCGCACCACUCGCUUCGGCUCUAUGCAAUAAAUGGGGUUGUCGACCGAUUGGUAUUAUUGGUGGCAUAAUCGCAGCGGUAGCUGUUGCAGCUUCAGUUUUUGUACCGAAUAUUCAGCUCAUGUGGUUAUUAUUUGGUUUCAUUGGCGGAAUUGGUAUGGGCCUCGUUUAUUUGCCAAGUAUUGUCAUGGUUGGAUAUUAUUUCGAUAAAAAACGUGCAAUCGCCACUGGCAUUGUCACCGCUGGUACUGGUAUCGGUUCAAUCACAUUUGGACCUCUAUCACGUUUUUUAUUUGACCAAUUCGGCUGGAAAAAAGGUCUUCUCAUCCUUUCUGUCAUUCUCUUGGGCUGUGUUGUUUGUUGUGGAUUCAUGAAACCUCUAAAACCAGUUCGCAAGCGACGUGUUUUGCCUGAUAUCGAGUUAUCGACUGAAGCUAAUACAGCUAAUCCAACGGUUACAGCUCCUUUGCUCAGUGAUAAUAAAGAGGCCAAUGAUAACGCUGUAUCAUCUCCUACACAUCAUUCCCAUGAACAUUUGGACAUCUGUUUAUCUUCGAUAGACAAGCGACCUCGAGCUAGUUCAGUUGGUUCAACCAAAUCAAGAAAAAGCAUCAAAGCUGAAGAUGCAAUCCGUCCUAUGUAUCAAGAGGAUAUACUCUAUCCAGGAAAUGUACAAGCACUACCGGAAUAUAAAGCACAACCGGAUUUGCCUACGUAUAUACAAGAGACAACAAAAGUACCGGAGACAGAAAAACCACAACGAAUGAAAGCAUUUUGGGAUACAUUUCUAAAGAUGACCAAUAUACAGGUUCUAAAUGAUAAUAAAAUGCGUCUUAUUUCAUUGGUGAGUAAUAAUCAAAAUCAAAUGAUAACUUUCAAUGUCUAA